AUGACUGACCGGAGCGUGGCGGUGAAAGCGGCGGCAGAACCAGACUUUCUGCAGUUUAACGACUUAGCAUGUGAAGCGGUUGGAGGGAAGGUUAUUUUUGCUACAGAUGAAUGGUUUGCUCCUGCUGCCAACCUGCUGAAGAGAGAACCUCCAGAGUUCAUCGCUUCCGCCUUCACCGAGUUCGGAAAGUGGAUGGACGGAUGGGAGACGAGACGGAAGAGAAUUGCCGGUCAUGACUGGUGCAUCAUCCAACUCGGAGUACCAGGUCAGAUCUUUGGCUUCGACGUCGACACAUCUUUCUUCACUGGAAACCACUCACCAUACGUCUCCAUCCAGGCUGCCUGUCUGGACCAGAAGCCAACCUUAACCCUGGAAGGAGACCGAACAGGAAUGGCUGCCACUGACAGUCAGCUGGCUGCUGUUGCCACGCUGGGCUCAGAGGCGUGGCCUGAGCUGGUGGGCGUGUCCAAGCUGCAGCCUGGAUAUUCUGACUCCUGCCAUAACUACUUCAAGAUCACUUGUGACCAGAGAGUGACACACCUGCGCCUCAACAUGUUCCCAGAUGGUGGAAUAUCCAGACUGAGGGUCUAUGGGGUUGGACAAAGAGACUGGUCAUCUGUCUCCGCCCACCAGAACGUUGACCUGGUGGCUCUGACCAAUGGGGGAGUCUGCCUCGGCUACAGCGACGCCCACUUUGGGCAUCCACGCAACAUGAUUAGUCUUGGUCGAGCUGCCAACAUGGCCGACGGCUGGGAAACUGCCCGAAGGCUGGAUCGACCCAAAAAGUUGAAGGCGGACCACAAGGGGAUCCUGCAGGUUCCAGGCUCAGAGUGGGCGGUGUUUCGUCUCGGUCAUGUUGGCGUCAUCAGCAGCGUCGAGGUUGACACAAACCACUUCAAAGGUAACUUCCCCGACUCCUGCAGAAUCGAAGCGUGUUAUUUGACCCCUGAAGAAGAAACUCGGUGCAUCAGGACAAGGUGGAAUUCUGGGAAAUGGCAGGUCCUCCUGCCACCACAGAAACUUCGUCCUCAUCACAUACACCUGUAUGGGGAGGCGGAGCUAAAGCUCAGUCAACCAAUUAGUCACAUCCGCCUGGUCAUCACCCCAGAUGGAGGUGUGAGCCGCCUGCGACUGUGGGGCCGACCCACAUCGACCAAUCAGCAGCAGAUACCGGCAUCCAAACUCUGA